AUGAAGCUCACCGGCAAGAUGGAGAACGAGAGGAUUUACGUGACAAAAGUAAAGUACAAUGAGGUGGAUCUCAAUGCCUCCAACCCAGGGGUCACCGUAACAGUCGACGCGUCCGUCAGGUCAGAUGAGAAACGACUGAGCCUCGCAUACACCAGCCCAUUGCAGGCGGGCAAAGAGUGGGCAGAUGGAGUACUGGGGAGAAACGGCCCCCCGCAUGGCACGCCCGACUUGAUCUUCAAAUGUGCUGCGUUGGGGAAAUGGAAGAGUAGCAAGAAGGCCGAUCACCCCAACAUGCUCACCGUCACCUUGAGCAAGAAGAACCCAUGGACUGUGAGGGAAACGAGCCAAACGCUCCCAUGGUCGGCGUUUAAUACAUCUUCGCACUGGCAAGACUACAAGGGCCUCAUACUGAAGUUGGAUAUCGGUAUUGAGAUGGCAUCCUGGACUAUUUAUUGA